UCGAAGCACAACAUCGAUAUUUUCGAUGCAUCGUUGUUUUUCCGACAAACCUAUAAAAAUAUUCCGGUUGUAGAGGUGUCGCUGAAAUGUUGCCGAAAGAGUAUCUUGACAGCUGGAACGAAUUAUGCCCAGAGUGCACAAUGGUUGAGACUGAUUUGGGAAAUCCUUCGGAGACAUGGCUUACUAAGAUCCUUAUAAGCUAUUUAAGAAUGUUUGGAUAUAGAGUUGAACUACCGUACGCCGAAGAUGGUACUCGGGAAAGGCGGCUUUAUUUACUAAAAUUAGUUCGCCAGAUUGAUCACAUAUAUAAAAUAACUGACAAGACAUUUCUAUUUACAUAAUAUGAUUUACUGAAGCCAACUAUUAAAAAAACGUCGCAUAUGUUGAGAAUUCUCUUGAACUAUCUAUAUUACUUCAAUAUGUUUAAAACAAACGUUUUCAAGAUGGCUGCGAACCGAUUGAAAGAACGCCAAGAUUUGAUGGAGGAAGUAAAAUAUACUAUUGCAGAGAAUGAGAAACGCCGUAUUAAAGCAGAAAAG